GAGUGGGAGGAGGAGCGGCUUCGACAUAUCCCCAGUUCAGGUCCACACACGUUUAAUGACAGCCACACACAUAGAAAAGUAGAUCUAACGACACAGUAGCUGUAUAGUUAUAACUGCACAAGCUCAAACCAGUGACACCGACCUUCUGCUUUGUUUAACGACGUUCUCAAACUGCGAGGACAUGGGACGGAAAGUUACUCUAGCUACGUGCUCCUUGAAUCAGUGGGCUUUGGACUUUGAAGGCAACUUGGAGAGAAUACUAAAGAGUGUUGAGAUCGCUAAGGCUCAUGGAGCAAAAUACAGACUGGGCCCAGAGCUGGAGAUAUGCGGGUAUGGCUGUGCAGACCACUUCUAUGAGUCAGACACGUUGCUCCACAGCUUUCAGGUCCUGAGGAAGCUUCUGGAAUCUCCCAUCACCCAGGACAUCAUCUGUGAUGUGGGAAUGCCCAUCAUGCAUCAUAAUGUGCGCUACAACUGUCGGGUCCUGUUCCUCAACAGAAAGAUCCUGCUGAUAAGACCUAAAAUGCUGAUGGCCAACUACGGGAACUACAGAGAGAUGCGCUGGUUCUCACCAUGGAACCAGCUGAGGCAAGUGGAGGAGUAUUUCCUGCCCAGAAUGAUCCAGGAGGUAACAGGGCAGGAUACAGUCCCAUUCGGUGACUGUGUACUGUCCACAAAGGACACCUGCAUCGGCAGUGAGAUAUGCGCCGAGCUCUGGAACCCCAGAAGCCCCCAUAUUCAGAUGGGUCUGGAUGGGGUUGAAAUCUUUACUAAUUCGUCUGCCAGUCACCACGAGCUUCGCAAAGCUGACCAAAGAGUCAACUUAGUGAAGUCAGCCACCAUCAAGAGUGGAGGUAUCUACCUGUAUGCCAACCAGAGGGGCUGCGAUGGAGACCGUGUCUACUACGACGGUUGUGCCAUGGUGGCCAUCAACGGAGACAUUGUGGCACAGGGAGCACAGUUCUCCCUUAAUGAUGUGGAGGUGAUUACAGCCACUCUUGACCUUGAGGAUGUGCGUGGCUACAGAGGAGAAGUAUGCCAGCCAAAUCUGGAAAGUGAACCUAAACCCUGCCACAGGGUCAAAGCUGACUUCUCUUUAUCUGAUGGUGAUGAUACCUGUCUCCCAACCCACCAGCCAAUAACAUGGCACUUUCAUACACCAGAGGAAGAGAUCAGUCUAGGGCCGGCCUGCUGGCUGUGGGACUACCUAAGGAGAAGUGGACAGGCUGGUUUUCUGUUGCCUUUGAGUGGAGGUGUGGACAGCUCGUCCACCGCCUGUAUUGUCCACUCUAUGUGUGUGCUGCUCUGCCAGGCUAUAGAGGAUGGCAACAGCCAGGUACUAGAGGAUGUUCGCAGAGUGGUAGGAGAUGACUCAUACCGUCCUCAGCACCCAAGAGAGCUGUGUGGUCGCAUCUUCACCACCUGCUACAUGGGAAGUGAAAACUCUACAGAGGACACAUGCAGCAGGGCCAAAGGCCUGGCCAAUCAGAUCGGCAGCACACACAUGAAUAUUAACAUAGACGUGGCAGUGAAAGGCCUUCUGGGUAUCUUCUCAGUAGUUACUGGAAGGUGGCCUCAGUUUCGCGCCAAUGGAGGAAGCCACAGAGAAAACCUGGCCCUGCAGAAUGUGCAGGCUCGGGUCAGGAUGGUCCUGGCAUACCUUUUUGCCCAGCUGAGUCUGUGGGCCCGGGGGAAGCCAGGUGGAUUGCUGGUGCUGGGCUCAGCCAACGUAGAUGAGAGUCUGACAGGAUAUUUCACCAAGUAUGACUGCUCCAGUGCUGACAUCAACCCAAUAGGUGGCAUCAGCAAGACGGACCUGAAGAGCUUCCUGCUUUACUGUGUUGAGCAGUUCCAGCUCACCACUCUGAGAGGCAUCCUGGCUGCUCCACCCACAGCUGAGCUGGAGCCACUGACAGAUGGAGAGGUGUCGCAAACAGAUGAGGCAGACAUGGGGAUGACCUACUCUGAGUUAUCUGUGAUUGGUCGACUGAGGAAGAUCUCCAAGUGUGGCCCCUUCAGUAUGUUCUGUAAACUUAUUCACGUGUGGAAGGAUGCACUCUCUCCCAUGGAGGUGGCCCAGAAGGUGAAACACUUCUUUCGGAUGUACUCAGUGAACCGGCACAAGAUGACCACGGUGACACCCUCCUACCAUGCUGAGAGCUACAGUCCUGACGACAACCGCUUUGACCUGCGUCCUUUCCUCUACAACACACGCUGGGUCUGGCAGUUCAGGUGCAUCGACAACCAGGUGUGCCAGAUGGAAGCAAAUACCCCAAAGCAAUAGGAACCUGCAGUCUUCAUUGUCCAGUGAAAAUCCAUCAGAACUGUAACGGAUCAAAUAUUGUUGAUGAUUUUGCACAGAUGGAAUUAAAGCCACAUACUUUGUAUUGUGCUUGCAAGCACACAGUAAAAUAGGGGAAAUAAUACUUUAGAUAUAGAGCCUUUGUUCUACCUCAAAACAUUAACAAAAAGCUAUAAUUCAUAUUUCUGCUCUUAAAAGACCAAAAUGAUACAGUUACUGUACAGUACUGAUGAAGUAGGUAGAAGAUUUGCUGGAAAUAAAGUGAU